AUGCUGAUCGACCGAGAAACGAUUGUCGAAAAUGGCGAAGACGGCCAGUCGGCGAACGACGAGGUCAUUCCUGAGCGCCAAAUUAGGUACGGGGGUGCUCAAGCUGACAACGACGAGGAAGAGGAAGCACGUCUAAAGCGAGAAGAACGAGAACGCAAGAAAGCCGAGGUCCGAAAACGUCUGGAAGAAGCUGGCAGAGCCAAGAAGGCCAAAAAGGGCUUCUUGACACCCGAGAGAAAGAAGAAGCUUCGAGUGAGUUUUUCUGACGUGUUUUAGCU